CACAUACUUGAAACUCAUGAACAAGGAACUCCCGUGAAAGCAGCUGGGCGGCCAUUGGGGGAAAAGUGUACGGACAAGCUAAAUUGUCAUCUUCAACCUAGCUCGUAGCAUGUGUGCAAAAUGAGUUAAAUUCGUCAUAAUCUUUAGUUUGGCUAGAUGAUUCACUUUAAAGAUCUGUAUUUAGUAUUUGAAUAUCUGUUCAUGCGUUUCACUGAAUUUCCAGCAUGGGCGAUGGCAGUGUCAUACCCAAGUUCGGUAGUAUGAAGGCUUUGCUUGGGAUAGUCGCCGGGGCUGGAGCCUCCUACGGGAUUUAUAAACUUCUCAGUGUAACUAGCUUCAAGGAAAAUAAAAAAAGUGCCUACAGCGAAAGUCAUGGCCCCAAGAAUAACUCACCCGGUGGUAUAGUUCUGCAGCCAGGGAGCUUGUUAGCUAAGGUGUCCGGGUUGGAUGUGGUUCGUGGAGGCGAAAGUCAGGCCGUGGAUGUUGCAUCAAGUGACAUCAUCUCUAGAUCACCUGGAAGCCUGGAGCCACAACACCUGAAGAUGCUCCUGUCACUUCUUCAGGGCAGCCCCAACCCCUCUGACAGAGCCCAGAUCCUCAUCACUUUAGGAAAUACUGCUGCCUUCACUGUAAACCAGGAUCUCAUCCGUGAGUUUGGGGGCCUUCACGUCAUAGCUGGCUUCCUGUCAGAUCCUGUGCCAGAAGUCAGAGUGCAGACUCUAAAUGCCUUGAAUAACCUGAGCAUGAACCUUAGGAAUCAAGAGCAACUGAAGGUGUACGUGGCCCAGGUUCUGGAACUAAUCGAGAUGUCUCCGGUGAACUCUGACCUCCAGAUGGCUGCCCUCCGGCUGCUGACCAACCUGUCUGUCACAGAUGACCACCACCAGCUACUCAGGGGGUCCAUCACCCUCCUCCUUUCUCUGCUCGUUGUUAGCAAUCAAGUGUUACAGAUCCAAGUUUUAAAAGUGCUUGUGAAUUUAUCCUCCAAUCCUGAUAUGAUGGAUGACAUAGUGCAAGCUCAGGCUCCAGCCGCUGUGGUGCUGCUGUUUGACGUGCGGACCAGCUCGGCGGUUCUCCUGCGGCUGCUGAUGUUUGCAGGGAACUUGAAGGCCUGGAGGCCUUCUGCCCAGGUGGCGGAGGCCCUGAGGAGGAGACAGGAUGGCCUGUACCGGGUCCUGCUGGAUGAGUCCUCCCAGCUCCAAAGCAAACUGAUCCAGCUGCUCUCUCACCCCGACGGCGAGGUCCGAGCCCAGGUGGCCCGUGUCCUCUUGUAGACCCCCAUACCGAACCUCAAAUCCCGACACAACCUCUCUUACCUACAUUAUUAAUUUAACCUCCAACUCCAACUUGAUUUUUCCCAACCUUGACUCCUUUAACCUCCAGCUCCUCCAAUCUUCCUAAUCCCCAGUCCUCCUAAAUCAUGCCACCAAACAUACAUCCUACUUUCAAACCUCCACCCUCUUACCUUCAAAUCAAAUCAAAUGUAUUUAUAUAGCCCUUCGUACAUCAGCUGAUAUCUCAAAGUGCUGUACAGAAACCCAGCCUAAAACCUUCACAACCAGACUUAAUCAAUCUGCCCAGGCCUGCCCGUGCCUUCAAACACCACCCUGCCCUUCACGCCUUCUGCCAAUUUCCACCCAAUCUGUGUCCUACUUCUCCACUCCAAACCUCAACCAAACCAUCAUAAACCUUCACUUCAGUAAAGUCCCCUACAGCCAUUGGAAAUCUAUCCAAUUAUCUACCGAUCAGUGAUCAUGAAGGAAGGAAGGAGGUGAGGUGGAGAGGAAGCCAUUUAAUAGUAUUGAGACUCGGGCCACCUCUCCCUCCCCUCCCACUCCUCCUUCACUUAGGCUGUAAUUUUAGGCUGUAUUUAAAGAGGCAGUGCUCCACUUCCACUGUGUCUUUCUCUUUCCUGAGAACAUGUUGUCCACUUUCUCCUGUUCUAGGCGAAGCCCCUUAACUGAAACCCACUGCCAAAACCUUUCAAGCAAGGAGAAUGUGUCAGUAAUAUGCCCUCCAACACCUCACCCAACUAACUGCCCCUGCGUGGUGUGCUGUGCAUAUGUAAUGGAGUUGGUUUGGUGAACCACACUUGCAUGAUGCGUAAACUUUCCUGAGAGCUGAAGACUUGCAAUUGCUCCCUGACCUAAUACCUAGGCUUUAACAGAGUGGGCUAACACAUCUUGUGGAGGAGACAAUCUGGAGAGGCUGGCCAAUCGUUACUGUACUUUGAAGUUACUUGAUGCACACAAUUUGAAUGCCUUAUUGACACCAGUACAGGGAUACACAGCUCCAGUCUUCGACUGUCAAGUCUUGCCCUCUUAAACUAUCAAUCAGUAACUGAUUUACACCUGGGAAUCAAAGGUCAAGUUAGGUAUAUCUGAAAUGUGUGCACUAGCAGCUUAACGCUUUCAAGCGGAAGGAGUACUCCCUGCAGACUGCUUAAAUAAAUUAUAGGCUGAAACAUUCCGUGACUUGAAUUGUUUGUUUAAAGCACUGAGAUAAGAAAGACGACAACCAGCUCGUCUCAGGCUUCCUAUAAAAUCAUACAGCUGUUGAAUGAGACUGAGCCAGGUCCGACCUGAGAGGACUGGAGUUAUGGACCCCUGGUGCUGGUGUGUCACACACCGUAGACCGUUUACAGAGGAGCGAGGGAGACUACUGUCACUGAUCUCUUGUUUGUAUGACUCAAUAAAUGUCAAUGGGGUUUUCCCUGAUCCAACAACAUUCACAUCAUCCAAAUGGGAUUUUUUAGCAUUGAUCUCAUAAGACAUGAGCUGAGGCUGAUUUGAAGUAUAGGCUGCACUGUACUAGGUUUCUCCAACUCCCAGCACCUAGUUCAGGUAACCGUGGCCAGAUUGAAGACCAUGACUGGUUCAGUGUUUCCCCUACCCAUUGUUCCCCCCCCCCCCCCCCCCCCCCCUCCCCCCUGUAUAGUUGUUCCCUGUCUCAACAAUUUAGGUGCCAAAAGGACUGGAUGUGGCAUUGGGGGCCUUUGCGCCCCACCUGGAAAGUCAUCUAGGGGGAAGACUGGAUAAAUAUAUAUUUUUUUAGAUAGGUGUGUCAGUGCUGGUCUGGAACAAAAGCCUGCACACCCAGAAUUUCUCUGGGACUGGAGUUAGACCUCUCUGGUCUGUACAAAUGCUGCAAAAUUCUGAUGUCGAGAGACUCCGUGUCAGACCCAAAACUAUCUCUUCUCCCAGGCUUUUGUGUUUUAGAGCAGAGAUGGGAAGAUGGUACUGAUUAAAAAUACCCACCAACGGUAGCAUCCCCUUGUGUAAAGCUUAUCUGCUACAGUUAUUCAGGAAAUAUUUAUUUUGGAUGAUUCAAUUGUUUCUUGUUUCAACCCAGUUUUGGCCUUCUUAAUGUAUAGAUUUGUUUGUUUUACAUUUGUGAGUAAAUAUGUUUUAUUUUAAAGGUGA